UCAGCCAAUCAGCGGCGACGUGGCUGAGAGUCACAUGACAGAGAGCGUUUUUUAGAGGCGUCCGGUGAUUGCUGAUAUUUAAUAAUCAUGCCUACCACUCAUCAGUCACCCCAGGAUGAGCAGGAGAAGCUGCUGGACGAGGCGAUCCAGGCGGUUAAAGUACAGUCAUUUCAGAUGAAGCGCUGCCUGGACAAGAACAAGCUGAUGGACGCACUGAAACAUGCCUCGAACAUGCUGGGGGAGCUCCGGACCUCCAUGCUCUCUCCCAAGAGCUACUAUGAACUCUACAUGGCCAUUUCUGAUGAGCUGCACUACCUGGAGGUCUACCUGACUGAUGAGUUCGCUAAAGGUCGUAAGGUGGCUGACCUGUAUGAGCUGGUUCAGUAUGCUGGUAACAUCAUCCCCAGAUUGUAUCUUUUGAUAACAGUUGGAGUGGUGUAUGUGCGCUCGUUCCCUCAGUCCCGGAAGGACAUUUUGAAGGAUCUGGUGGAGAUGUGCAGGGGGGUGCAGCACCCUCUCCGCGGGCUGUUCCUCAGGAACUACCUGCUGCAGUGUACCCGCAACAUCCUGCCUGAUGAUGGGGAACAGUCUGAGGAGGAGAUGACCGGAGACAUCAACGACUCGAUUGACUUUGUCCUGCUGAACUUUGCUGAGAUGAAUAAGCUGUGGGUGCGGAUGCAGCAUCAGGGCCACAGCAGAGACCGGGAGAAGAGGGAGAAGGAGAGGCAGGAGCUGCGUAUCCUCGUGGGAACAAACCUCGUCCGCCUCAGCCAGCUGGAGGGAGUCAACGUAGAGAAAUACAAACAGAUUGUGCUGGCUGGAGUUCUGGAGCAGGUGGUGAACUGCCGAGACUCUCUGGCACAGGAGUACCUCAUGGAGUGCAUCAUACAGGUCUUCCCAGAUGAGUUCCACCUCCAGACCCUGAACCCGUUCCUCCGUGCCUGUGCCGAUCUGCACCAGAACGUCAACGUCAAGAACAUCAUCAUCGCCCUCAUUGACAGGUUGGCUCUGUUUGCCCACAGAGAAGAUGGGCCUGGAAUCCCUGCUGAAAUCAAGCUAUUUGACAUUUUCUCACAGCAAGUUGCGACGGUUAUUCAGUCUCGGCAGGACAUGCCCUCGGAGGACGUGGUCUCGUUGCAGGUGUCCCUCAUUAACCUGGCUAUGAAGUGCUACCCCGACCGCGUGGACUACGUGGACAAGGUCCUGGAGAGCACUGUGGAGAUCUUCAACAAGCUCAACCUGGAGCACAUUGCGACCAGCAGCGCCGUUUCCAAGGAGCUGACCAGGCUAUUGAAAAUUCCCGUGGACACCUACAAUAACAUCCUGACUGUGCUGCAGCUCAAACACUUCCCACCGCUCUUCGAGUAUUUCGAUUAUGAGUCACGCAAGAGCAUGAGCUGCUACGUCCUCAGCAACACCCUGGACUACAACACCACCAUCGUGGCCCAGGAGCAGGUGGAUGCCAUCCUGAACCUGGUAUCCACACUGAUCCAGGACCAGCCGGACCAGCCAGCAGAAGACCCAGACCCAGAGGACUUCGCUGAGGAGCAAAGCCUGGUGGGACGCUUCAUCCACCUGCUGCACUCAGAGGACCCAGACCAGCAGUACCUGAUUUUAAACACAGCCAGGAAGCAUUUCGGCGCUGGGGGUAAUCAGAGGAUCCGCUACACGCUGCCCCCUCUAGUGUUCGCCGCCUAUCAGCUCGCCUUCCGCUACAAAGACAACUCGUCCUCGGAUGAUAAAUGGGAGAAGAAGUGCCAGAAGAUCUUCUCCUUCGCCCACCAGACCAUCAGCGCGCUGAUAAAGGCCGAGCUGGCCGAGCUUCCCCUCAGACUCUUCCUGCAGGGGGCGCUGGCCGCCGGGGAGAUCGGCUUCGAGAACCACGAGACCGUGGCGUACGAGUUCAUGUCCCAGGCUUUCUCUCUGUAUGAAGAUGAGAUCAGUGACUCUAAAGCCCAGCUGGCUGCCAUUACCCUCAUCAUCGGCACGUUCGAGCGCAUGCGCUGCUUCAGCGAGGAGAACCACGAGCCGCUGCGUACGCAGUGCGCCCUGGCCGCCUCCAAGCUGCUGAAGAAGCCUGACCAGUGCCGGGCCGUCAGCAUCUGCGCACACCUGUUCUGGUCCGGCCGCAACACCGACAAGAACGGAGAGGAGAUCCGUGAUGGGAAGCGUGUGAUGGAAUGCUUGAAGAAGGCUCUGAAGAUUGCGAACCAGUGCAUGGACCCGUCCCUGCAAGUGCAGCUUUUCAUCGAGAUCCUCAAUCGAUACGUCUGUUUCUACGAGCGAGAGAACGACGCGGUGACCGUUCAGGUUCUGAACCAGUUGAUCUCCAAAAUCCGCGAGGACCUGCCCAACCUGGAGGCCAGCGAGGAGACGGAGCAGAUCAACAAGCACUUCCACAACACACUGGAGCACCUGCGCCUGCAGAGAGAGUCGCCUGAAUCCGAGGGGCCGGCGUACGAGGGUCUCGUUCUGUAGGGUCUGCACACUCACUGCAGGAGUACACAGGCAUACACACACACACACACACACACACACCUACAUUCGUUUGGGUAUACAUGUACACACACUCGUGCGCACACAGAAAACACACACACACACACGCAACACACAAAACACACACACAUAUAUAGAGAGAUAUAGUAUGUAUAUACACCUUCCCGCACAUGCACACCGGGGGGGUUUCAAUAUGGCAGAAUAAGAGCCACCCCAUAUUGUCAUCUCUACCAACUACCUGCUCAUCUCACUGCGUGUCAUCCUUCCUCAUCUUUUUCUUUUCCUCUCUCUCACUCAUAUUCUCUCUCUCUCUCGCUCAGAGCUCAGCUUGUGUGAUUCAUACCUGUAUACAUUAUUGUAUGGUACAUGGUGUUGACAUUGCCCUGCACUUCCUUUCUUUCCAUUCCAUCAUUUUAGUUUGUUUGUUGUCCUCCACCAUCUGAGGAAGAACCAGGGCACAAGUAGGUAAAAUAGAUGCAGAAAACUGCAGAUGAAGACAGAAAAAGGCAGAUAAAUGGCAGAUAUAUGCGGAUAACUGCAGAGAAAUACAGAAAAAGGCAGAUAUAUGAGGAUAACUGCAGAUAAAUACAGAUAAAUGGCAGAUAUAUGCAGAUAAAGACAGAAAAAGGCAGAUAAAUGGCAUAUAUAUGCAGAAAAAUGCAGAUAAAGACAGAUAAAUGCAGUUAAAGACAGAUAAACGAAGAUUCAGACAGAUAAACGAAGAUUCAGACAGAUAAACGAAGAUACAGACAGAUAAACGCAGAUACAGACAGAUAAACGCAGAUACAGACAGAUAAACGCAGAUACAGACAGAUAAACGCAGAUACAGACAGAUAAACGCAGAUACAGACAGAUAAACGCAGAUACAGACAGAUAAACGCAGAUACAGACAGAUAAACGCAGAUACAGACAGAUAAACGCAGAUACAGACAGAUAAACGCAGAUACAGACAGAUAAACGCAGAUACAGACAGAUAAACGCAGAUACA